GACUUUGAGAGCGGGUGGGACCAGACGGCAUGGCCCAUCUACGCCCCAGACUGCAACCAAGGCGGCAAGGUGUCCCUUGAUACUUCGACUGCCCACAGUGGCAGCAACUCCAUCAGGGUCGACGGUGCUGGUGGUUAUUGCGGCCACAUCUUCUUUGGAACGAACAAGGUGCCUAGCGGCGAUCUCUACGUGAGGGUCUAUCUCAAAGCGUCCAAGGCCCUCACCGCCUCCCAUGUCACCUUCAUCACCAUGCCGGACCCUGCCCAGGGAACCAACAAGCACCUUCGGAUCGGCGGCCAGAGCGAGAUCCUCAUGUACAACCGCGAGUCCGACGACGCCACCCUGCCCGAGCUCUCUCCGCAAGGUAUCGCCACCUCAACCUCCCUGCCCACCAACAGCUGGCAGUGCUUCGAAUACCACGUCGGCACCGACGGCACCAUCGAGACCUGGCUCAACGACAAGGCCGUUGCCGGCCUGACCUUCGGCCCGGGCAUCUCCAACCCCAACGCGGGCGCCUGGUCGCGCAGCUCCAUCAUCCCCAAGCCCUCGGGCGUCUACUUCGGCUGGGAGUCGUACGGCGGCGACACAAACACCUUCUGGUACGACGACAUCGUCAUCAGCUCCUCCCGCGUCGGCUGCUCCGGCAGCGGCACUCCUCCUCCUUCCUCCUCCUCCUCCUCCUCCCCUACCGGCCCCGCCCCCUCCACCACUCUCGUCACCUCCACCACAUCCCGCGGCUCGACCAGCACCACCACCACCACCAGCUCGGCCCCCGCCACCUCCACCACCAGCAGCGGCUGCACCGUGCCGCAGUGGGGCCAGUGCGGCGGUAUUAACUACACGGGAUGCACGACAUGCGCGGCCCCGUACACCUGCAAGUUCAGCAAUGACUACUACUCGCAGUGCCUCUAG